UCGACAUGGAAAUGCGCCCGCGUUGAACUCUAGCAAGAAGACAGUUACCUCGUAGCUAGCGCAACUAAUUCAGUAGAGACGGUCCUUCACACUGAAACAUUUGUGGGUUUUCGACAUUUGUGCUAAAAAUACAAAAAGUAUUCGCAAGAAAAUCGGAUUAUUAUGACAGGGCCGAGGAAGAGUCCCAACGGAAAAGACAUCGCAUUUUAAUAGCUACUACUAGUAACGUUAGUACGUUACGACGGUCAACAACAUCAGUGAACAUGCGUGACCUGGCUGCCCAGGUCACCAGCAGCCUGCUGCGUUUCCCGGGGGUGACUGUAGAUGCUCUGGGGGAGGAUGAGAUCACCCUGGACACUGUGCUUCACGGGAAGUUCACUGUCGGUCGUAGCGCGCUGGCUUGGCUAGCCUGUGGGCCCCAGCUGGAGGUGGUCCAUGCGGUGACAGGCGAGCGCCUGUCCGCCUACUGCUUCUGCGGCAGGGGGGAGCACCCCCCCAGUGUGCUGGUGGCCAGGGACUUCUCCUGGCUGAAAAGGACCGGGCUGCUGGUGGGCCUGGAGGAGGCCCAGGGCAGUGUGCUCUGUCUCUAUGACCUGGGUAUCUCCCGAGUGGUCAAAGCCGUGGUCAUACCGGGCAGGAUCAGGGCCAUCGAGCCCCUGGUGAGCUAUGGCGGGGCCAGUGCCAGCACACAGCACCUCCACCAGAGCCUGCGGUGGUUCUUUGGCAUGGCGGCGGUGGUCACGGACCUGGGACACGUCCUCCUAGUGGACCUGUGUCUGGAUGACCUCUCCUGCAGCCAGAGCGAGCUGGAGGCCUCAGAUCUGGAGGUGGUGAGUAAGUCCCUAGCUGAGAUCCCCCGGCUGCGUGAGCAGGAGACACGCCAGGGGAGACACCUCUGUCUGCAGCUGAGCAGCCCCACGGGCACGGGGGCCACGGCUCUGCAGUACAUCCCCCGCACCAACCAGCUGGCCGUGGGCUUCUCCGACGGAUACCUACAGCUCUGGAACAUGAAGACGCUCAAGAAGGAGUAUCACUCCCAGCUGGAGGGCGGCAGGGUGCCAGUGUACGCCUUCACAUUCCAGGAGCCAGAGAACGACCCCCGCAACUGCUGUUACCUGUGGGCCGUCCAGUCUGCCCAGGACCAUGAGGGGGACGUGGUCAGCCUCCACCUGCUCCAGCUGGCCUUCAGUGAGAGGAAGUGUUUGGCCUCAGGAAAGAUCCUCUAUGAGGGUCUGGAGUACUGUGAGGAGAGGUACAGUCAGGAGCUGAGCAGCACAGCCUUCCCUCUGAGGGCUCAGGCCACCAACACACGCCUGCUCAGCUGCCAGACCAUUGAGAAGUUUCGACACCACCCUGACAGAGACGACAGCAUGAACGAAGUUGCGUCUCCAGACACCAGCGUGUCCAUCUUCAGCUGGCAGGUGAAGGCCUACGGACAGGGCAACCCCUCCACCUACAUUGGCGUCUUUGACAUCAACAGAUGGUACCACGCACAGAUGCCUGACUCUCUGAGAACGGGGGAGUCUCUGCUUAGCUGUCCCUACCUGGCCGUGUGGUCUCUGGAUUCAGUGGUGGAGAUGACGUCACCCUGCCCCAUGCUGGACGUCCUUGUGCACGAGCGCAGCCUGAGCCGCGGCCUGCCCUACACCUGCCCCCCGCCAGAACAGUUCUUCAACCCCACCACAUACAACUUCGAUGCAACAUGUUUGCUCAACACUGGCCUCGUGCACUUAACUUGCUCUGGGUAUCAGAAAGAGACUCUGAGCUUCCUGAAGAAGGCUGCUCCCUGCUCCAGUGACGUCAUCUCAAACGGCUACUCCCGCUGCCUGAUGUCCGGCCUGCUCUCCUCUGGCUUGGCUGACGUGCAGCCCUCCAGCCUCUCUCAGGAGGAGCAGUUGGACGCCAUCUUGUCUACAGCCAUAGAGACCAGCUCCUUGGGCCUGAUCACCAGCUGUAUCAAACAGUGGACCGCUGAGGAGCAACCAGGCUCUGCGGUGAACCUGCGCUACAUUCUGGAGUGGGCCUGGAACAAGGUGGUUCACACGAAGGAGCAGCUGGAUGGCAUAUGUGCUCCCCUGUUUGACAGCUCGUCUAACUUCACGGACUCCCCGACCCUCCAGCUGCUGCAGCACAGCCAGAGGCUACUGGGGAACCUCAGCACCAUCUUCCACUGUCUGCUCAGCGAGGCACAGGAACUCACUCAACCAGGUCUGCUGGGUCUCAUCAAUAAGAACCAGGUGUCCAGCCUCAUCUCCCAGUACGCCCAGGUGGUCCUCUGGUUCUGUCGGACUGGACUCCUGCCCGAGGGCUCCGAUGACGACGCUGUGCAGAUCUCCAGGCCCUUCUACAGCUACUCUGUGAUCCAGAACUACUACACCAUCCGCAGAGAGGAGCUGCAGCAGCUCUCCAAGGGGAAGUGGUGUGCAGACUGCCUGAUGAUUGACGGCUUAGUCGCCCAAUGCGGUGAUCGCUUGGUUGACCUGUGGAAACGGGACGAGGGCGGGACGGGACAGUAUCCACCCCCUACGCUACAUGGCCUGCUGGACAUUUACCUCCUGGAGAACAUUGAUGAAUCUGCUAAGCACGCCAUCGUGAUCUACCUGUUGUUGGAUGUGAUGUAUUCCUUCCCCAACAAGAGUGGUGCGUCUGUGGAGUCCUUCCCCACCGCCUUCGCCAUCCCCAUCGGUCUGGUCAAACUGGUGCAGGGCCUCUGGCUGCUGGACCACCACGACCACCAGAACUCCCUGGAGCUGCUGCUGCACCCCACCGCCUCCCCGUCCCUGUGGGGCUGGCAGCACGGUCGCGUCCUGCAUGCUCUCAUGUGCCAGGGGCAACAUGGGAUCGCCUUGCGCUACCUCCACGUCAUGAAGCCCCCCCUCUCUUCCACCGCUCAGGCCCAACUCUGCCUCUCUGUGCUGCUACACAACAGGUGUCUGGUGGAGGCCUGGGCCAUGCUGAGGCAGCACUCCAACAGGCUGAACACGGAGGCGUUGUUACGGUUCCUCUACGAGACCUGUCAGGAGCUUGGCCUCAUGAAGGAGCUGCUCAAACUUCCCCUGGGCCUGGCUGAACAGGAGUGCUUGGAGAGGUUCUUGCAGGGUACAGGGGGUCUCCAGAACAGAGAGCUGCUAAUGGUGCACUACCUGCAGCAGGCUAACUACGUCCCCGCCCUGCAGCUCAACCACACCCUCAAGAUGAACAUGGUGAACGAGAGGGAUCCCAAGCUGAAGGAGAGAACCAACACUAGGAACUCUAUCCUGGACCAGUACGGGAAAGUUCUUCCUCGGGUCCAGAGGAGGCUGGCCACGGAGAGAGCUAAGCCGUACCACCACCCCUCCACCAUCCUCAGAGAGGUGUCGCGACCACAGCCGCUGUCGACCAUCGCCAAGCGGUCGGCCAAUGAGAACGUGCUUACCAGAGCGGCAUUCAUCAACAGUGUCCUGUCGAAGAUCGAGGAGGUGUGGGUGGGGAAGAACCCCACGCCCCAGUCCACCCCACUCAAGAGCCCCAGGGCAGUGGAGGUGCUGUGCCCCAGCCCCCUGUUCCCCUCCCGGGAUCUGCCCGAGGCCUUCGUGGGCACGCCCAUCACCAUGACCUCCAAGAGGAAGUCCAGGCUGCUGGACCUAGUGGUUCACCCCUCUCAGACCACCCCUCCAGAGGGGUCCCGACCCCUGCUGACACCCCCCAGGGCGGCCAGCUCCUGGAACCCCCCCAAAAGCAUCAACAAGGCCCCCGAGCUCAGCCUGCUGCAGACUCCACAGGUGGUCAAGCGCGCGCGAGCCCUUGCGGCGUCCGGUCCCGUGUUCUCAGCCUUCACCCCUCAGUCCAUCCUGAGGAGCAGCCUGCGCCCCACCCCCGUGGCCACCCCCUCUGCCUCUCCCGGGCGCUCUGUCACCCCCCCGCUGUGCCCCAAGGAGAGCCGCAUCACCUUCAUCGAGGAGACGGCCUCGCCCAAGCCAGAGAAAGGCCCCCUCUGCUGGAGCAACGGGAUCGCAACCGAAAAUGAGAUUAGCCUGCUGACCAGAGGCUCUCCACUCUCCAAGGUUGGACUGGAGGCCUGGACCUCACACCCUGAUGAGGAAGAGGAGGAGGUGAAGGUGACACACGUGAAGUUCCUGCCACCACCGGUCCGCGAGCCACCAGAGAGGGGAGAGUCUGAGAGUGGCUCCUCUGUCCAAGAGGUCACCAUGGUAACCACAUUGCCUAGCACGUUGCCAGGACGACUCAGCCUAGGCCUGGAGACGAGCCAGGCCUCUGUCCUUUCAACGGACACCACCCUGGAGUUCCAUGAUGCACCUCUGCCUGAAGACCUGGAGAGGGAGGAGGAGCUUCAACAGCCAGCCAAUGAAGUCACAGACGAGGAGGAAGAAAAGGAAGUGGUGGUUAACCUCAAAACUCCAGCAGUACUGGAAGCCCAGCUCUCAAAGGAGGAAGUGCAGCCUGCAGCAGCCAAUGAGCUGACUCUCCUCCCAUCAGUGGAGGAAGGGCAGAACAAGGACCAGGAAGUAACGGAAGAGGCGGUCAACAGCCAAGAGGAAGUGGCCGAAGAGGAGCCGGACCAGGAAGUAGAGCAGAUGGAGGUCAGCCCCGAACAGGAAGAGGCUGAAGAGGAAGUUGUAGUCGAACCAAGACUCACACGGGCAGUAGAACCAACUCCUGACACGGAAGUGGUUGAGGAAUCUAACCUUAGUCAGGAAGUGAUUGAUAUGCUCAACCAUGAGCAUGAGGUGGAGGUGGUGGAAGAGGAGGCUCCCAAAGAGGAUGAAUCACAACCCACUGAACCAAUGGAACCUGUGGAUGCUACGGAACACACUGAUCUGGACGAGUUUGUGGAGCGCCAUCUGUUUGGCAACGACCUGUCUCCGCCCCUGACCCGCUCUGGCAUCCACAAGGCUUCUGUCAACUGGACCUCCUUCAACAGUGAGCGGGUGUGUGAUGUGGUAAAGGAGGAGGAGUCUGCUCCUACAGCCGUCCCCCUGGCCCUCACCACCCAGAAGGGUGUGGCGUCCGUAGCUGCUUCAGACCCCACGGGCACCGACUCCCACUCUGUAGUGAUCCUGAACGACAGUGAGGAACUAUCUAGUGCUGUGUCGGAGGAGGAGGAUGAAGAGUCAGAUGCUCCUGCUGAGGAAGACUCGGGCAGCGAGGUGGAGGUCAUCGAGGAGGUGCAGGGGAACGGGAGGCAGCGAGCCCCCUUGCCUCUCCCCUCUCUCUUUCUGGACCAGCUCCCACCCCUGCAGCCACACCCCCAGUUCCUGCCUGCCCUAUCGGAGCAGGACGCAGCUGUGCGCUCAUUGGUCACUCCAGAGGCAGACCUAAAGAUGGUGGAGGAUGACAUAGAGGGGGAGGUGGUGGUGGUGAGGCUGGGGGUAGGAGGAGAUGAGGGGGUUUGUUACACAGAGCUGAAGCCCUCCACCACCCUGCUGGUUCCUCUGGAGCUGGUGGAGGAACAGGGGCAGGCCCUGGCCGAUGGCGCCCGCCUGGGGCUCACCGAGGUGGUUGAAGGCAGCGAACCAGAGGUACCCCCCUCUGGAGCCCACAGCAGCUUCUCUCUGAUGCUGGAGGAUGGGGAUGACGAUGCAGACACUGUACCACUGGAGGUACCACUAGAACCCAGUAAGCAUCUGACCACAGAGGAGGCAGAUGGAACGUCGGACACACCUGCGGCCGACCCAGAGGUCAUCUGCCUGGGCACGGACAACCAGGACACCCCCCUGGCUGACGCUGAGCCCCUGCAGGAGCAGGAAACUGAGUUGGACACCCUGGAGGGGAUGGACACCUUGGGGGGGAUCAUGGAUAGCUGGACGGAGGCAGAGACUGGUUUAACUGAAGCCAUGUCAGUGGAGAAUGUUCCUCUAGUCACGGACGUCCUGCCUGAAUCCUCUAAGGCUAAACCAGCCAGAUCAGCUGAAGAUGUUGACACAUACCAUGUAGAAGAGCCAGAUGAGAUCCCUGCUGACUCUGGACCAACUGAAGAAGAGCAGCCUUCACCAGUCCUGGAUGAGAACGAGCAGCCCAACGGAGCGAGGGAGGAAACAGAAGAGGUGACUGUCUCGUGUGCUUGUCGGGAGGAGGAGAUGAAGGCAGACGACGUUGAGCUGGAGGCUGAGGAAGAGAUAGAGGAGUACGUCUCUGUCCCUGCAGACCUGCUUCUGUCUCAGGUAGAAAGCAAUGGACCCAUCCAGUCAGACAACCAUGAACCUGCCCACGGAGAAGCCAUAAGCGAGGUGGCAGCCAUACUUGAAGAAGAAAUAGCUCAAACCAGAAAGCCUUCUACAGCCAGUGCGGAGGAGAAGAAGCCGGACAAGACCUCUAACAGCCAGUCUGAGUCUGUGGAGGAAAUAUUGGUGGGGGUCAGGAAAGCCCCAUCUACCCCGAUGCGCAGGGCCACCAAGCAGAGGAAGAUGAUGGUGAAGUUCACCUCAGUGGAGGCAGAGAGGCCUGGGUCAGAGGACCAGAGGCCGGCGGGACCGACUGAGAUGGAGACAGACUCUCAGGUCCCGGUCACACCCAGACGGAUCACCAGGAGUGGCCGGCACGGCCAGGACUCCAGGGUUCCCGUCACGCCUCGCAGAAGCGCCCGUAAAACUGAAUCCCAGCCAGAACCGGAGCCUCAGCGAGAGCAGGAGGAGAGGAAAGGGGAGGAAGGGGUCCUCAUCACAGAGGCAGCUGUGGUCCACUCCAAGCCCACCCCGACCAAACGGCGCACCUCACAGAAGGCCACUCCGAGGACGGGAACCCGCCAGACCAGGAACACCCAGGUGGGGAGCGACGAGGAGCCAACAGCCACAGAUGAAACGGCCAACGAGGUGUCAGUUCUGUCUGUUACACGCAGCACUAGGAAGAGCCGAAUUGGAACCAAGACCCCAGCCAACCAGACUCAGCCAGUGGUCCCCCAGACUCAGCCAGUGGUCCCCCAGACUCAGCCAGUGGUCCCCCAGACUCAGCCAGUGGUCCCCCAGACUCAGCCAGUGGUCCCUGAGGAGGAAGAGAAGAAGGGGAAUGAUGAAGGGGCCAAACAGUGGCCUAGCAGUCCAGGCAGGGUGACCCGCAAGUCAACCCGCGCGGGCGUGACCCUCGGCCUCUUCACCCAGGAAGAGGAAGUGGUUUCCCUGACCCCUCCCCGCAGCCGGAGGAAGACGAGGGGCGAAGGCACCGCCGAGAAGACUCCCUCUGCACUCGCCCUGGAUGACCCGCCCCUCAGCGGCUAUCGUCGACCAACCAGGAGCCGCAUGUGGAACCACCAGGAGGAGGACCUUCCCCUGUUGGAGACGCCGCUGGAGAUGGACUCCGUAACGCCGGUGGCCGACGCCCUCAUCCAGAGACUCCGUGACGAGGAGGCCAAGCGGGAAGUGGAUGAGUCUACGGUCGUCACAGAGAUGGUGAGAGCCAAGAGGAGAGUCACCAAGCCGUCGGGUCAGCGGGCGCCCUCUCCACCCCCGAUGGGAGAUAUAAAAGUGACCAAGGCCGACCAGGGAAGCCCUGUCAGGGACUCGUUCAUCUACUCACCACCUCGGAGGAGAACCAGAGGUAGCAGAGUAGAGUCGCCCGGUCAGAAUGACGUGUCUGCGCCUCCCGUUACUCGUACCAGGCGGCCGGUGGACGCCACCGCAGCACAGCCUGAUAACAAGGACAAGAACUCAUCAGAAGACGAUGUGGAGAAAGAGAUGGCUGCUGCUAAAACCAGAGCAACAAAGAGCCGAACAACCAAGCCCAAAGCAGCCCCCGCGCCCCCUCCCCCAGCCAAAGUGGAUCUGAUCUCUCCUAUGCCCAGCCCGGCCGAGCCCGCCCCGCGUGCCACGAGGAGGCUGUUGGAGGAGAACGACGCCCCCGCCCCCCGGAUGAACCUCCGACGCAAACGAGUGCUGGAGGCAAUCUUCCCCAAACCUGUCACCCGCAGGAAGAAGCUAUGAUCGGAUGCCAUUUUCACCCUGAACAAACUACAGCAUCAACCUGGAAUCUUACAGACUCAGUCAGAACUCAUGGGGUGAAUAUCCCUGUCUCCUUUCCUUCAUCUGAACUGGCCUGAAAAAUAGGAUAGUGAAAGCAGUAUGAUGCCUACUGGGUAUUUGCUUUCCAAUACGCUGUAAGGCAGAUUAAGAAAAGGAGACUGAGAGGAAUCAAUUACAGAGACCGAUGAAGGGGCCAAACAGCGGCCCAGCAGUCCAGGCAGGGUGACCCUUGCCCUCUUCACCCAGGAAGAGGAAGUGGUUGCCCUGACCCCUCCCCGCAGCCGGAGGAAGUCGACCCGCGCGUGGACUGGACUCCUAACGUUACUCUGAGGAAGAGAUUUGAUUCUCCUUUUCUUUCUUUUAACUGUUGCUGCCUGCUGUUUUGUAUUUUAAGACAGACAACCAGUAGAGAACAUAUUUGAAAAUAAUUAAUCAAAUUUAAUUGGAUAUUGAUAAUUUUAUAUAAAUUAUUGUUAUGUUUACAGGGAGGAAGACUGAUGGACUUAAACACCAAAAAAGAGACAUUGUUUUUUAUUUCUGGAGAAUUUGUAUAUUUCUAUAAAUUGAUGCAUAUGUAAAUAGUCUCUUUUGCCAUGUUAUGAAUAAAGUUGAAUACUUGUGAAUGAUCUGUUUUUUAAUUUUGAUCAUGUUUGGGUCAUAAUAAUGAUGCCAAUGUCAGCCUUAAGACAAUUAUGUAAAGUUAAUUGCUGUUUUUCGAAUGAUUAAUUUGCACUGAUUUAGGUAGUUUGGGCUUAUUUUCCUGUACUGUAUCACUAACAUGUAUAUAACCUACACAGUGAAUCCACUGGGGCUGAUAAGGCUUGUUGGCUUGUUUUAAGGUCAUUUAUUUGACCAGCAUAACAUGCCGAUGAAUGUCUUAUUUACAAUGACUGAUCUUUGACAAUAUGGUAAAGCUGAAGUAUUUCAUUAA